AUGCCUGCGAGCUCGUGGGAUGAGCUCGAGAGCGCACUGAAGGGUGUGUGCGGUGCCCACCAGCACAUCGACCUGGGGGGCGCCGAGGUGGUCGCCCCCGGGGCGGGGUACGAGCUGGCGGUGCCCGACGGCACCGAGAUCGCGAACGGGUCCGUCGUCGUGCCGGACGGCGGCCUCGUUCUGCGUCCCGCGGGCACCCUCGCUCUGCGCGACCUGGUGUUUGCGCACUGCCGCCGCGGCGCCGCGGAGCUCGAAGUUGCGCCGGCUGCGAUCCUGAUCGAGAACCCCGGAGGACACGACUUCUCGAUAGCGCAGCUCGUGACGCGGCAGGCGGAGUCGGCGCGCGAGAGCGCUGCAGCCUGGGAGGCGCUGCCGGGGUCGCUGCUCGAGGUGCACAGCGGGCGGCUCGCGGCGGACGGGUGCACGUUCAUCGGCGAGCGCAGCGGGCCUGCGAUGAUCGUGCGCGGCGAGGGCACGGAGGCCGACGUCCGCGCGUGCCGCGUCGGGUCGAACGGGUCGGUGGCGCUGCUCGCCUCGCAGCGCGCUGUGGUGCGCGUCGUGGACAGCCACCUGGGGGCGAACCGCGGGGAGGAGGCGACGGUGUACGCGGUCGGGGAGUCGGAAAUACACCUCCGGGGGUGCACGGUGAUCUCGGGAAUGCCGCACGAGUACGACACGGGGGCGCAGAGCAACGCGGUCGGGGGGUGGCCAGCCGGGUACUUGAGAGAGGGCAAGGUGUUUCUGGAGGCAGGCAACGACAUCGUGGGCGGGAUGAUGCCGCAGACGACGAUGGUGCAGCCGUCGGUGCAGCGCAGGAGCGGGACCUUCCAGUCGCUCGAGACGGUGCGGGCGCAGGAGCUGCUGCAGCAGCGGCGGCGCACGGAGGUGCGGGCGGACCUGCGGCGGUACGCGCGGCGGGCGCAGGAGGGCCACUGGAACGGCAACGCCGUGGCCUUCUUCAAGGCGGCGUGGCUGCUCCUGUCGUGCCAGUGGAAGCGCAUCUACUGGGAGCUCAAGGACCCCUACAACGCCCGGCAUAGGAACACCUGGCCGCCCGCGCCGCCACCGCACCCGAGCCCUCCGCACCGUGCACCAAGCUGA